AUGGAUGUACGAGACGUGCGCGCGAGUGAAACAUUUUGGCGCGAGGACCUUUGUAGUGCAUUUGAACGCCAUAGAAACAACGCAGCUGUCGUUCUGUUGUUGGUUGCAGAUUUGAUCCCUCAAAUGAUGUCGAGCCGUCGGGGUCUGUUUGUUGUGUUCGAAGGAUGUGAUCAUACAGGAAAAAGUACUCAAGUCAAGUUGCUAGCGGAGGCUUUGACGGGCAUGGGCCACAAGACUGAAGCCAUAGCUUUUCCCAAGCGCACCACCGCCACUGGCAAGCUGCUCGACGCUUACCUCGGAAAGAGCGCCAACCUCGACGACCACGCUGUUCACCUGCUGUUCUCCGCGAACCGCUGGCAGGAGGCCGAGACAAUACGCGAAGCUGUCGCACAACACAGGACGGUAAUUUGUGACCGUUAUGCUUAUUCUGGCGUCGCCUUCACGGCCGCCAAAUCUCUCGAUUUCACGUGGUGCCAGCAGCCCGACAGGGGACUGCCGGAGCCGGACGUUGUAUUGUACAUGAAUGCACCGCCCGAUGUGUUGGACGCUCGGGAGGGCUUCGGCAAUGAACGUUACGAGAACGCCGAGUUCCAAGCCAAAGUACGGGCGAAUUACGACCGUUUGGCCGCGCUCGAUAGCGGUAGUGGUCGUUGGGUGACCAUUGACGCGGCGCGAAGCAUUGAAGUAGUUCACAGUAACAUCCUCAAAGUUGUGCUAGAUGUUAUGUCCAAAGAACUAGGAGAUCUGGGAAAGCUGUGGUGUAAAUAAAUAUAGACACCUCGUUUCCUUUUUUUCUCGCUUUAUGUGCCACGCGGCAAAUGUCGUGCAAUUGCCGUAAGCGAAUUCGAACUCGCUCGUUGUUUAGUGAGAAAUAACCGCGAAUUUUGUGAACGAAUUUGUGUCGAUAAUAAAACAAUGGUGUACGUCACAUUCAAUUCAUACAA